CUGCUCGACGGCUCUCAAACAAUUUUUUAUUUUUUCCAAAUUUCCUUUCCCGAAUUACCCUCCUCUUCAUCCUUUAUUACUUUCCUUAUUUCGACCUCCUGUGGGUCCAGACAUGGUGAAAUUUAGUCAUCAUCUUUUCUUAUUCAAAAUAAAACAAAAGAAGGUGAAAGAUGGAAAUGGCCCAGGACGUGGCUGGAGAUGACUUGCGUGAGUCAUGAUGGGAAUGAUUAACGAUUACAAGGUAGGAAAAGGUAAAUUUGAGUUAUUAUCUAUCUUUUUGGAGUGCUUGCGCUGUCUAUUUCCAUUAGUGGGUAAUUUAGAAGGAGAGUGUGUAGACGGCAUGCUUUUCGAUUUGGUUAACGUGGGAAAGUUGUUUAAGAAAGAGAUGGUUCUUGCUUUCCCCGUUUUCCCUCCCCCUUGUAAGUUAUACCAUGGAGAAAAUAGGAAAAUAGUAAAUAGCAGGAGUGUAUUAAAUACAAAUCAACUUUUUUUUUUGAAGGGUAAUGUAAUUACAAAUCAACAUUUUUAAGAUUACAUGAAUGCAGCGAAAGGAAAUAAAGGAAACUUCACAGGGGUGAGAGGGAGGCGAGGGUGAAUUAUGAGGAGUCAUUGAAAAGAAAAGAGACGCCAGUGGCUAGAGAGAGAGAGAGAGAGGAGGAUGAUGGUGUGGAGGAGAAGGUGAGAUGCUUUCGGCUUAGCUCGCUGAGACUGGCCUCGUCUAUGCUGUAUUGGGCAGCUAGUGGGUAAACAAAGAUCUUCGAACAUCUCCUUCCUUUACUACCUUUUCGCAACACCAACCUCUUUUUAGCUCCCUCUCUUACCCGUCUUAGGUUUAAUUUUGCUUCUCUCCAUUCUCAAUUGUCGAGCAUCUCCAUUAUUUUAUUCACUCACGAAGGAGGAGGCUCACGGAAGGCGGAACAAGACACGCAAACUGUUUAAUUUUCUAUUUCCAAAGAAAAAGUUUUCUUUUUUCCCUUGUUUGAUGAUGUGAGAGUGGGAAUCAGAAAUCUGAGCUCCUUGCUCGAUUCUCAUCGUCAGUGCCUGCGCAGUCUCGUAGCUAGCUCAGAAGCUUAAAUCUUUGGUCAAAAAAGAAUGUGGGAUCUGAAUGAUUCGCCCGAUUGGCGGAGAAAGGACGAGGAAUCCGAAGGCUGUUCUUCCUUGAAAACGUCCAUGGACGGAGACGAGGACAAAGGGAAAAGGGUCGGAUCUAUGUCGAAUUCAAGCUCAUCUGCGGUGGUAAUCGAGGACGGGUCGGAAGAGGAGGACGGCGGGAGGAGCAGAACAUUGAAGAAGAAAAGCAGCACGAUAUUCGGGUUCUGUGUGACCCAGGACGAGUCCAUGGAUAGUGACCCUCCCGUGACCCGGCAGUUUUUCCCGGUGGAGGAGGAGGCGGAGGCAGUGUCUUCGGGCGGAGGGAGCGCGGCCUUCCCUCGGGCCCACUGGGUGGGCGUGAGAUUCUGUCAGCCGGAAGCAGUUGGCGGUGCUGGUGGAGGAGGAAAAUCAGUGGAAGUGUCGUCGCAGCCGAUGAAGAAGAGUCGGCGAGGACCGAGGUCAAGGAGCUCUCAGUAUAGGGGAGUCACCUUUUACAGAAGAACAGGUCGAUGGGAGUCACAUAUAUGGGAUUGUGGAAAACAAGUGUAUCUGGGUGGAUUUGACACGGCACAUGCAGCUGCUCGUGCAUAUGAUAGAGCGGCCAUUAAGUUCCGGGGAGUAGAGGCCGAUAUCAACUUCAACAUUGAAGACUACGAAGAGGACUUGAAGCAGAUGAGCAAUUUAACAAAGGAAGAGUUUGUGCACGUACUUCGUCGACAAAGCACUGGGUUCCCCAGAGGAAGCUCCAAAUAUAGAGGCGUCACUUUGCACAAGUGUGGAAGAUGGGAGGCUCGAAUGGGCCAAUUUCUUGGCAAAAAGUACGUUUAUCUUGGUUUGUUUGACACGGAGAUUGAAGCUGCGAGGGCAUAUGACAAAGCAGCUAUAAAAUGUAACGGCAAAGAGGCCGUCACUAAUUUCGAUCCCAGCAUCUACGAGAACGAGCUUAAUUCUGAAUCCUCGGGUAGCGCUGCGGAUCACAAUCUGGAUUUAAGUUUGGGCAAUUCGAGCUCAAAGCAAGGCAAUAGCCUGGCAUUGGGGAACGAUCAUCACCACAUGGCAUCCGAAUUUAGUUGGAGGAACAAUGGAGGAUUCAGGCCUAAGUUGACACUGCUGGACGGGCACGGCGAGAGUGAAGCGUUGAGGCUGGUGGGUCAAACCCAGCUUCAAUCUCCAGCACCCAGAGAAAUGCAAAGAUACGGUGCCUGCAGGACGUCUAGAGAGCCUCAAAUGCUCCACAGUUUUGCUCCAUCACAUCUUCACCCACCAAGUUUUCAAUGUGUUGUCCCUCUGGAAAUGCAGUUUCCGAGCAGCAGCAACGGAGGGCGUAUAGGGAGUGAUCUUUCACUGUCAAUGAGCGAGCAUCAUCAGCAAUCUGGGCCGCCGCCGCCUCCUCCUCAUCAGCCUCAUUAUAUAGCAGCUGCUGCAGCAUCAUCAGGAUUCCCAACGCAGAUUAAUAGACUUUCCCAAGGAUGGCUGCAGAAAAAUGGGUUUCACACCCUCACGAGACCCAACUGACCCCCACUUUAGGAUCUUGUCUGCCUAGCCAUGAUAAUCCUAUUUCUAAAUUCUAUUAAUCUCUAUCUUUUUUGUUUUUCUUUUUUUGGGGCUUACCAUGCCCACGUUAAUCACACACUGGGAUUUGAGCGUGUAAAAAAUGGUUGCAGUUCUAGAGUUAGAUUCUUUCUUCA